ACAUCCAAACGCAGCGUACAGCAAAUAUGGCAGGCUUGGAUGAAGAUACCAUAGACGACAUCCUCUACCUUGCGCGCACAAAUGAGGCGACUGAGCUCGAUUCGUUUCUCUCCGAACUGUCAGCUAAAGCUAAGCAGUCCAAGGCCGAAUUACUGACCGCGGCCAUCGAUCCGUAUUCUAAGAACAGCGCACUGCACUAUGCUGCUGCCAACGGCCACAAUGACGUCAUCAAGUUGCUCUUUUCGACCAGCACCGAGAAGCCUCGCCCAGAGUUUCUUAAUGCAGUCAACGAAGCAGGCAACACCCCGCUUCACUGGGCAGCGCUGAAUGGCCACCUUGAAAGCGUCAAACUUCUGAUAAAUUCAGGCGCCGACGUCACCAUUGUCAAUCGAGCAGGCCACGACGCCGUGUACGAGGCGGAAAUUAACGACAAGAACGACGUAGUUGACUGGCUGCUCGGCGCCGUUGAAGAACUGGAAAAAGGCAUCGGCCAGACUGGUGAGGGGUCGGCCGAAGAAAGUGCUGACGAGGAUAUGAGGGGUGCCAACAUGGACAGUGCAGAGGGCGAUAAGACAUCCCCACAACAGACGGCAGUUGGGUCAGCGGUGGAGAAUGCCCGGCAACAGAUGGAGCACUUGAAUACCCAGGAUAGCAUGACAAAGGAUGGUUGAGCAGCCGAAAACCGUUGCCGGCAAUCGAUGUGCUUUGCUUGUAAUCUAUCGGCUUGCAAGGAAGCGUAUAUGCUGAGUAUGACGGAACGCCGGUGCAGCAAGCCUAUCGCUGCAUGGUAUGGUCUGCAGUUAGCACGACCGCGUCUGUGCCGCACAUGAUCAGAGUUGUGGUGCUAGUAGGGAGGGUUGAAGACCAUGCAUGCGGAAGAUGGAAACAGAAAGAGAAAGAGAAAGAGAGAGAGAGAGAGACAGAUUCUAGACCGAGGGCGUGGCAGACGGACUGUCAUUGCAUCCUACUCUAGGAUAAGCACUACAGCGAACAAGACCGCUUUUCGGUCUUUGACAUGAGUUGCAACCCGGGCCUCUUGCUCCUCCUAAUGGCUCUAUAGACACCUCUAGACCAAAGAAUAAGGAAUGGGAUUGCCGUGAUCUGUC